AUCCCCCCAAAGAGCAUGUACGACACGACAAUUGUCGGUGUGAAUUGUGAAUCAAAAAUCAACUUAGUGUCCCUUGAUAUUGAUUUUUGAUAUCGUGUGUUCCUGUCUCCAUCCGCAAAUCAAUCAAUCGUCCACACAGAUAGGUCAUCGCACCUCAAACAUACUUGAAUGAAAAGGACAAAAUUCGUAUGUGCUUACUGACUGAUACUUGUUCUCAUCAGCGUCGGUCAAGAGCAUCAGUAUAGGGACUGGCAGAUUGCGAAGCAUGUUAAGAGUGCCGCCGAUGCCCAGUGCCAGCAAGUGCAUCCUGAUAACGCCGGGCUCGGUUAUGCUCUUAAUCAGGGGCAAGUUGGCAGAGCGCACGAGGCAGAUGUAGAGCGCACCCUCGAAGAAGACUUCGAUCAGCACCAUGAUUCCCAGACCUACUGGCCUCUCUAGCAAGUGACGGACGAAUGGAAAGAGGAUCUGGCCGACAGUGAUUUUGAGCAGGUUGCUGAAGAUGAGCACUGUUAACUCAAUCAAGCUGUAGGCAUGCAUUUGCUGCAGCAGUGGAAGCAAAAAGUGAAGAAUGGAUGGAUUUUCUUGUCUGUCGCUUUCCUUCCUCACAUCGCUGAGACGCUGAAGGAAUAUCGGGUGAUAGCCAAAUUGAACAACCCGAGUGGGGACGUCCAGAAACGUGCUCAAAGAUCUCAUGGAACAGCGACCGGCCGACUUGAAACUCAUCAUGGUCGUAGAAUGGCGGCUGAGUAGCAUGACCGGCGUCUGUUUAUCGCGCGUUUCCUGAGUAUCUUCAGCAGUGACAGUGUCGAAGUGCCGAUCUCGUACCGGCCUGCAUAGGAAUCGCACCAGACUUCUUCUCGCGGCACCACCUAUGAGAACGAAAUACGGCAUGGCUAGGUCGGUGACGAAGUCGAAUGAUGCAAAGACCAAGCUCCACAGAAGCUGAUAAGGAGAGACAUGUCCAGGAAGGACGAGGAAUGGAUCUGACGCGAGGACAGCGUCGAUGUGCCCACCUACCUGAGAGGAGAUAUAUUCCAUCUCGGCCUGGACGAUCCUUGCGAAGAGUGCGAAGCCGAACGCUACAAACGUGAUUGCUGGAGACGUUUGCAGGGCAGGGCCGUCCUUCAGAGAACGAACGAUGGCUGUGACUGAAACACAGACCGAAUACGCAUGGAAACAUGCGAAUGUGUCCAUCGAUCGAGUCGCAAUUCUUACGCGUCGCAACAACGGGCGACACCACGAGCAGGAAAAUAAAGAUGACGCCUGUCUUCUCGCGAUCUGUUGUUGCAGUCCGGGCAAGAGGCAUGAAGUAGAGGGGUACGGCAAACGAAAAACAGAUGACCACUACACAUAUGCCCCAUGUCUUGAGAAUAUACGCCCGCUUCCUGAUGAUUAUCUUCGAAGAUAGAGCCACUUGGCGAAAGACCCUGACAGGACAGGCACAACGACAGAGAAUAUUUGCUUACUGUCACAAUUCUUUUCUCACAUGAGGGGUACGAGCAGCGUGCAGGGGUAAUGCAUGAGCGGCGCAUAUUUGUGGCGUUUCCGCAGGGCCUCGACGUGGUGGAAAAGUGCAAAAUCCACGUAUGGGGCAAGCCCAGGAAGGAAGAAAUACCAGGUCGUCCUCAAGCGGCGGACAGCCCCAAUUGUGCUGCCCUCAGCCAGAAGUAGUAUCAUAGCCAUAUAGCAUAGGGCAACGAUGAUGCGGCGAGUUAUAUCGAGGACUAUCCCUGCUGCUCUCGCGCUCAUCUUCUCGCACGCCGACCAGUACGCCAGCCACACCGGGGCCCAACAGACUGCAAAGCCGACGGCUGCAAUUACGUGGUAUAAGAGUACCUGGAAAGUGACAGACGUGGAAGGACUGCGACAUUCUGCGAAUGAUUACCUUUGUGACUCUUCUUGCAGUCGUGCAGAGCGGCUCAGGAGUGAAGACCGCACCAACAAAUGAGCCUCCUUCAUAUCGCAAGUCAGUUUGGAACUCCUGAAAGGAGGCUGCAUGUCCCGCGCAUGCUCGAAAUUCAUUCACCUUUUCUUCGAGCUCGAGCUCCUCUUUGCGCAGCGCUCUCUCGUCUUUUUCUCCGUCCCCAUGAUAGACAACCCCCUCUUCUGAGUAGGUUUCUGUAGGCAGGCCGCAGGUCACGUCGUUGGUCCCAGUGGCGCCUGUGCUCUCUGGGUCAAUGACAUGCGCCUCGCCGCUGAGAAUAUCUGCUGGUUCAUCGCUAACUUUCAUGACGUGUUCAACGUCGUGUUGCGGUUGGGCGGCGGUGAGCUCCGUGGUCAGCAUCUUCGAAGAAUUCGACUGGGGGCUUCCUGGGGGUUCAGUCUCCACGGCGGAGCAACUUGACAAGGUUGAACUUCAAACUUGAACUCUCCCCACGCGCAGGAUGACGCAUCGGUUCAGAGCCCGUUACAUUCCAAUCGGACUGAGGUCCCGAGGAACUGGUCCUCAGUACGGAUGACGACAGCCCUCGGCGACAAACAGCCGCGACCACCGCUGAGGGCUGGAUGAAGGGGGGUGACGCAUGGGCACGCCAAAACUGCACGAGGAUCUUGACUGGCUCAUGCCUGUCUGCAUUGACGUCUCUGUCCGCGUCUUUUCCCUCUGCAGCUGCUGCGCCAAAUUGGAGCAGCGGUGUGGAUGUUGAUCUGGCGGUGCAGAUGCUCGCGAAGCAGAAGGCCCCCGGCACGGCAAGGCUGUUCACAAAGGCAUGCAGGAUGAGCAGUCACAAUGCACUCAGUGACAAUGUGCCUUCGUGUCUCAAUAGUGCUUUGGUCUGAGUCCGUCAUUGUUCUGUGUCUCGUUGCGCCAGUGCAGCGAGACAAAGAGGCGUUUGUACGCAAUGCACAAAUGCGGGAAUUUCGCAGAACCGCUCAAUUUGAUGUACGUAUGUGGCGAUUGAGGAUCCUCAGAACGCAGCUGCUGUGCUUUCAACGACGCGCGCACAUUCGGAAAAUGCCCAAUCCGCAGUGGUUGGCAAUCAUGUGUGUGAUGCACACUGACCAGGUCCAUCCAUCCACUGUCUCCGCUCAUACCAUCAAACAGCGGCUGGCUGCCUCUCCUCUCUCCUUCCUCCCACACACCCCUCUCAUGAUCACCCCUCCCACCGCCGCCCUCCCGCCCUCGCUCGCUUAUUUACAAACAAAUCAGAGGACAGCCGGCCAGCCAGCCAGAGAUGCGCAGUGAGAAGCAAUCGGUGCACAAGGAGGAGGCCCAAAAGGCGAAUUCGAACCUUACAGUCGGACAGGGCGUGUGCGUGUACGGUCGUGCAGUGCAAGGUCACAACAAUCGGAACGAAUAAUCGGACAGCCAGGCAGUACGCACAUCCGCACUUAGAACACGCUUUGUGUCCGUCCGUAUGCCUGCCUGCCAUGUUAACCCACGAGAGCCAUCGGUCAACGCCAUCACAUCAAACCAGCAGCAAUAAGAUAACAAUGCGGCACCACAUGUCUGUGUACCAGGUCGGAAUAGAUUAUAGCAGGUUAGGUUGUGUUGCCCCCAAGUCAUGAGCGUUAGGAGUGACUGACCUUUCUAAAACAUCUCAUCCCCAUCCCCACCACUCAUUCACGUCCUUUCUGUUCAGCCAGACCGCCAAGCCAAAGCCGAGACAAGUGUGUUGUUUCUCCGGUGGCGGUCUGGCUGCAGACAGGACGGAAGCUCCCCAACACGCAGGCAUCACACACACGAAGAGAGAGGGAGACAAGGAAGGCAAGCUGAGAAAAAUGCGGCACCCUAGCGGGCGGCAGCAGUCCAGUACCAGCUUGUCUUUGUGCAGUGACCCACCCCAGCCCCCAAGCAAUAGACCUCCUCCGCUCUCCCCUCUCCCCUCUCUAGUCGCUUAGUUGCGUGUGUGUACGUGUGGAUAUGCCCCUCCGACAUGCAUCCCUAGUCGGUGUGCGCGGCCAUAUAUUGAAACCUCACUCGCGCACACACACCCAUCCGUCACCCACACAGACACCGCCGCAGCGCCACACAUCCAUCCAUCCACUCACUCACUCAGCAGCCAGCCAGCCUUCAAAGCCGGACCCUCAAGCAGCUCACUGAGACACACACACACACACACACACACAGGCUUGCUUAUGAGCACGCGGCUCGCUCUCUGUUCGUAUGUAAGCACCAAGGCACCGUGGCUGCCUCUGUGCGGUUAAAACGACAUCGUUCAAAGGCACGCACCGAUCAAGGAGCCGCCCUGCCACCCCCCACCACUCAUGCACCCGCACGAUACCCAUCGCCUUGGCAGCCUCUCAACACCGCCCACGAGACCAUCCUCUGCGAGCCUGUCUGUCGGCGGGCAGAGAAGGGUCGCGGACCCGUUCGAAAAGGCUGCCGAAGGCAGCGGUAAAGCGAGUGAGGGUGUGUACCGUGCUCGUAUAUAUCACUCUCAUGGACGUAUCCAGGCAGGCAGGCAGGCAGGCAGACGGGGUCACUUGCGUGCUUUUCAUACCAAGCCAAAAGAGUGCUCUCUUCGUUCAAACAGCAUGCAUCCACGGGCAGCCAGCCUUGACUCGACAAGAGAGUGAGGGCGGCACAUAGCAGCACUGCCACCAUAUGGAGUGUGCGGCCGCUUUCUAGCUGCCUUCCUAGAUGGGGACGGGACACUCGCAGCACAGGACAAGUACGAGAAACAAUCGGCGUCCCCUCCCCUCCAUCACCCAGCUCCCAUGGUGAUGCCUUCUGCUCAUCGAAACGACCACAGCAGAGGCACUCGCUCACACCCGGACACCCGCGCCAUAGGUGCAUGCUCGCUCACUGACGUGGACAGGGCCCCUCACAUCACACGCAGCCAUCCAUCCAUCCAUCAGACAGUGAAGGAAAAACCUUUACAAAGUCGCUGGAAAGCACUCGUUCCUCCCUCUCUUUUCUCUCUCUCUCUCUCUCUCUCUCUGUCUCUGUCUCCAUGCAGCGGGCAUCGGGUGGGUGAGUGGGAAAAGUGCCCUUGGUUGUGUCGGCCAGUGAUGCCUCUCGCCCACCAAUUCGACCGACCGUUGAGUGACCAGAAUAUACACCGCGCCGCAACACACAUCACAACGGGAAAAGUCCCCCAUCUGCAAUGUCGCCUCGCUGACGAGGGGACACCACACGAUGGGCCAGAGAGACCGACCGGCCGACCGGUCUGUCUUCCGUCCCUCCCUCCCAUGAUUAGUCAAUCAACGGCACUAGGAAAAGGCUAGGAAAGCAACCAUGGUGCAAUCGAUGCAAUAGUGCGCAACAAGCGAUACCCAACAGACGCAGCGCACCGGCACACAACCGGUGGGAGAAAACAUCACGAGCCAGUCAUUCACUCAGUCAGGCAGUCGAGUCGAAGGUAAGGCAGUGAGUGAAUGGGGCGUGUCUAUGUUACAUUGCCUGAGGAGUGGGUGAUGUGAUCAGAUCAAUAUGAUAAACGAGUGGCAUGUGUUUGCACAUCGAUCGUGUGAUAGACAGACAAGUACACUCACAAGAUAAGCUUACAUGGAAUGGAAAGGGACAGUGACGCCCACGCACACGAGAAGAGAAAAAUGCCCCGGCUGAGUCAGCACAGCCAUGCACGCCCGGAUGUCGUGUCAUUUCAAUUGCCCGUUGCAUCCCCCCCGCCCAGGGACUCGCGCGACCAGUCUGCAGGAGAGCGAAACACCGCUCGGCCGGAAGAUUGGCCCGUGAACUCGAGCCGCUGGGUGGACGACACACAUCGAUAGACACGGGAAAACAGAAGGACGGGCAUGCAGGCUCACUGAACCGACACACCCACUGGUCUGUGCGAGAAAGGGCAAUUCUCUCUCCUGAAAGAGUGCGCUAUGACGUGCUGUGCUGUGCUGUGUUGCGUUGGGGCAGGGUGCAGGUAGCGGCAGCAAGCGAGGGACGGGACAUCCCUCAAUUCUUUCCUCCACACAGGACAGGACAUCUGUGGUUAUCUCUCUCUUGGCUGUCCUGUCAAGCAAGUGCUCUGCCUGCCUCCCUGCCUGUCCGUCUGCCUGUCUGUCUGUCUGUCACGUAAACAAGUGGAUCAGCCAGUAGUCGUCUCACCGUCGAAUUCGUUCACGAGUCAUUCAUAUGGCAGCACGUCCGUCCCUCCUCCAUCAUCGAGUCGGUGCACUCUUUCAACGAUGCGUUCGUGUCCGAAAAAUGUCCCGGCCGACAGACACCUCAACAACUCGUUUGCGAAUGCAUGUACCGCCCGAAGUGGCGUGCCGAAGGCAGUGAUCUCACUUGGCACGCACCGAGUCAGUAGGGAAAAUGGAAUGGAAUGGAAUCAAUGCCGUAAAGAUGAAAGGCAUGGAUGAUGUCUUUAACACAAGACCGUUGUGCGUGCAAUGCAGGAGCAUGUAGACGAGUUGAGGUGAGUUGAGUUGAGGUGAGACGGAAAAGUAUACAUGUACAGAAAGGUCGGAAGGUCGAGAGGGAGGAAGGAAGAAAGGAAGAUGGUAUCAUCAUGAUCUCUAUAUACAAACUCAGCAGGUAGCAGAUAGCAGCGGGUCAUGCAGGUCAUCGAUUCGUCGGUCGUUGGUGCCAUGUGCCAUUGGCAGGCCGACACACACCCACCCACUCAGACACACACUCAUGAUGGAUGGAUGGAUGGAUGGGUACAUCAUGACUGUGGGUGGUGGUGCCUCAAAAAUACCCAAAUAUACCUCGCAGGCAGGCAGGCACGUAGAGAAAGCCACACACGCUCUCUCACACACACACACACACGCACGCAGAGCGGCCAUCCACAUGCACCCGAAGCCCCCUCACCACCCCUCCCCUUUCUGUCCGUCCGUCAGCGAGCAAUGCACCAUUGCCGUGCCGUGACUACCGCACUGCGCGGCCAAUCCCCACACACUUGUGAGCGAUAGCUGACCCAUCCCCCCGGCCCCCUCUCGCGUCUUUCUCUCCCUCUCUCUCUCUCUCUCUCUCUCUCAAUACAGGCUCUCUCUCUUGUCUCUCUCUCUCUUGCUCUGGUUUAGUCGGUCUGUCUGUCACAAACGGCAGCCCUCGUCUCAGCCAAUGCGCGAGUGACACAAGCAAAGCUCACGCACAAGACGCGCGACACGCAACACACCAGACAGUAGCAUUAUAGCAGCAUCAGCAGCAGCAAUACAUGUACAGCGGCAUCCAUCCAGGCAUCCCUGCCCCCCCCCCCCCCCCCCCCCCCCCCCCCCUCCUC